AUGACUGUCGCUGCCCCUCCACCUGUCGCUCCCUCAGUCCACGAAAAUGGUCUUAAUGGUGCUGUCCCUGGUCAUGUCAAUAUGAAUCUGCCCCGGUUUCAUCCAAUCGCUAUGAACCCAAAUCAAAUGCCCCCAGAGGCCAUGAUGCAGAACCAUCAUCACUUUCGUCCUUUCCCCCCUCCUCCCAUGCAGGAACAGGCUCCUCCCAGUGGCCCCCCGCAACCCGUCAACAUAGAUCACAUCGAAAACCGCUUGAGGCAAUUGGAACAAGAAGAGGCAGCCCGUAUGGCGGCCCGAGGCCACUUGCUAGCGAUUCGAAAGCGUGAGGAUGAAGAGUUCCGUAGGGUAACUGAGCAUGCAGAGGCUGAGGAAGAGGAGCUUCGUAGGCAACGGAAAAGAAUGAAGAGAGAGUCUAUGGGACUCGGGCUUAAUGGCAACGUCGACUCGCCGCCUCUUCGUCCUACACCACCUCGUCGUUUGUCCGAAACCAACGCUGCCACCACUCUUGCAUUUUUUAAACAGCAGAGCCCCCCAGAACCUCGUCCGAUUCCAACACCUGUACAGAUGCAGCCUCAUUCUCAUCCUCAUCCCCAUCCUCACUCGAUUGCUCAUCCGCACCCGCACCAGCAUCAGCACCAGCACCCACACCCGCACUCGCACCCGCAAGCUCACCCUCACCCCCACCCUCAACCCCACCCUCAACCUCAUCCUAUUGCUCAUUCUCACCCGCAUCCUCCGCCGCCUCAUCACCAUAUCACGCAUGAUCCUUCUGGUGCUGGAUCAAUUCGACGGAAACAAAAAUAUACCAUCAAGAACGUCGAGGCUUGGGGGGAACGUCAUGGUCGACCUGCUGCUCAUGAUCCUUCGGGCCGUGCUCUGUGGAAACGACCGUCGGAUGGCAGCUUGGUCUAUCUCACUUGUCCAGUUCCCGGGUGUGGUAAAGCAGACUUUGUGACUCUUCAUGGCUUUAUGUGCCAUUUGACUAAGAAGCACAAGGACCGCAGUCUGGGCAGCCAAUCCAGAGCUCUCGAGGUGUGUGGUAUUGUGUAUGAUCCUAAUGCUCCUCUUCCUCCAGUUGCAAACUCGAAUCGUGAGUCGACGGAAGAAAGCCGACUGGAAUCGGCACCGACGGACCCUGAAGGCUACCCUCAAGAAAUGGAUUAUUCCUCCGCCUCUGAGGAUGAGGCCGAUGGAGAAAGUGCUUAUAAGAAAAUCAAGACGGAAUCGACGGAGAGGCCCAUGCCCGCACCUCAGGUGUCUUUGCCGGCAGCGGAUGAGUCCAGCCCGGCACCAAAGACAAACGGGUCGACCAAACAGACGAUUUCAUCAAUCAUCGAUCGUAAUCCAGACGUCGAAACCCGAGAUAAUGCGGCACCUAUGCUACCUCCGAACGAUACAGCAGCUCGUGCUUCGCCGGAGCGUACAGAACUUGCUCAAGAAAGACCUGAGCACUCCACGACUCCCAAGUCGGAGAGGGAGCACAGCGAGCCCUCCAAAGAGGCCGUCGAGGCCCGAUAA